AUGAGGUGGUGACUUGUCCAGGGUGUACACCGCCUUCCGCCCGAAUGCAGUUGAAAUAGUCUCCAGCACCCCCCGCGACCCCAAAAGGGACAAGCGGUAGAAAAUGGAUGGAUGGAUGGUGUCCAAAUCUUUUCCAGCAACAGCUACUUACCCACAAAUGCAGCUUCCAUUUCCGGUCCAUGUUGUCAACAUCGAACAAGCACGUGCUACACAGCCCCUAAAAAUGCCGAAGCAUCGGAAACCAAAAGGUAAACCGGCGGAGAAGGUUGUCCAUCCGUACAGCAGGAAAGCUGCUUCCUUGGCCAGCGAGGAAAUACGACUUCAAAAGAAAGAAAGACAGAAAAUUGACAAAGCGGCGCGUCUGAAAAGCAUUGGGGAGAAGCUGCUGUGGUUCCAGGGACAACUAGACCCAGAAAAGACGAGGUACACUAAGAAAGAUGCCUGUGACAUCAUUGAAAGGUACCUGAAGAGGUUUGAUUCGGAGCUGGAGCAGAUCGAGCUGGUGAACAGCAUCAAAGGUCGCCAGGGUCGUCUCCACGCCGCCAGAGAGAGCUUCAUCAAGCAGACCACCGAGCGGGAGCGAGCGCAGUACGAGGGCGUGGGAUUCGAGAUCCCAGACUUCAUCAACACAAAACAACUGAAAAGUUUCAGGGAAUGGACGGGAGACUUGAAGAAACUUCCAAAUAUUAAACUGAGGAAGGUUUCAAACCAAGGCUUGGAAGUGACGGAUAAGGGAGAGAAGAACGAUGCAGCCGAAGAAGAAGAAGAAGAAGAAAUGAAAAAAGAGGAAGAAGAGUCAGAUGAGGAGCGGCCAGAUGAAAACGAAAACAUGACUUCUUGACUCCAAUUGACUUCAGGUUUGGAGACGCCUUCUUAGUCAAUAGAACAUUUGGAGUGGUGCAGUAUAUGUUUAACCAGCAGAUGGCGCCAGAUCUACAACAAUCACUUAACAGGUAGACACGCUUUCACUUUCACUCUUUAUUCAUCAAACAAACAAGAGUCUGUAAUGUGAAUAUUGCAUUAAUAUUCUUUAUCCAGUCAAAGAUAGGAAAAAGUCAUUCUCUGGUAGAAAAGUGCUAAAAGACUCAUUCUCAGCCGAGCACCUUUUUAAGUCAAAGAUUGUAUUUAUUAACCUUAGAAUCAUGUUUUCACACGCUUCAUUGGAGAUUGUUCAAAAAGAAGAGGAGAUUGCCAGAAAAUAAACAUUUAAUUUCUUUUGUUUUCAAGGCCAACUUUUGUAUUCCCUAAUAUCGUGGCGAGUGGGGUUUGUUACUCAGCCGCAGAGAGUACCAGGCGUCAUUUAACCCAGGGGUGUUCCAGGUGUUUCACUGAAGGACGCACACUGAAAAAAUGAAAGCGUGCGGGGGCCAUUUAGAAUUUUUACUUCUUCAAAACCAAUACAUUAUAUAUUUUUACUCUUAGGGACCCAAAGGGGUUUCAGUCAUUCAAGUGCUUAAAAUAAGUAUUUUAUUUUUUUUAAACUUUCAACACCUAAAUAUCAUACCUGCCAACUACUCCGGUUUUCCCGUAAUUAGUACGGUUUUCAUCAACCUAUUCCGGGUUACGGUUGCAGUGAUAAAAAAUACGGUUUUUCAUUAAUUAAAA